UCAAUAUAAUUUGAUAAUUAAUUUCCAAUAAAGUUAUUAUAGUAACUACAACUAUGUCGUUAUUUUACACAAACCGAGAGGUGCGAAUGAUAGAUGAUAGAAAGCGGAAGAAAGAAAUGUCCGACGCAGGCGUUAAAGAAGAGUUAGGUCAGAUGCAGUCCUGCGAUUUCUGCACGGACGAAUACGACAGUGAAACGGAGCUCCACGUUCACAGGAAGGUGAAACAUCGCGAGCAGGUGGCUAAUAUACUAACAGAGGAUACAAGCUGCAAGAUAUGCAUCAGGCAGCACAAAGACUUUGAGGAACUAUUGAAACAUACUAAAUCCACUCAUCUAUUCAGCUCCGAAGACGCUGAGCACGUUCACCGUCAAAUCUUCAUCUGCGAUUUCUGCAACCUGAUGUAUUUCAACAAAAAAAUGCUCGAGAUCCACAUGCAGUACAUGCACGACCCCAAACACAAGCAGAAACUCUCCGGAACAUGCCCAAAGUGCAACAAAAAAAUCAAAAUCAAACACGUCUGGUCUCAUUUUCAACGUCACCUGAUUCAAAGCGUCGCCUGCUGCCAAAUAUGUUUGAAAAAGUGUAGAAACCUGGCAGAUUUACGCGAACAUCUCAGAACACAUCCGAAUUACUACCAUUGCACGAUCUGUGGUUACGAAAGUAAAGUUAAAGACAGUUUUACGGCGCAUAUGCAAGCGCAUGACAGCAACUUACAUGAAAGUGGAAAUAUUGCUAUCAACGAGAGCGUUCUGUGGAAAUGCUUUGUUCCGAGGAAGAACACGACGAGGAGCACUUGUAAUAUUGGGGUUAAAGGUCUAUGUUUAAAAGAUUUGUUUGUGUGUGUGUUAUGCAGAGGGCUAUGUAAAGAAGGUGAGAAAGCGGCACACAUAGCCAAGUAUCAUUUGGUGGAUAUAGUGGCUUCGAAGAAACUGUACAUGUGUGUGUGUGGUGAACAGUUUUUUAACAAUGUGUUGCUGAAGCAUCACGUAUUCAAGUUGAAAGGAGAGCACAGAGCAAGUGACUUGUAG